AUUAUAUAGAACUAAUAAGAGAGGGAAAGAGGCACUUUGAAAGAAGAAAACAUAGUCAUAUAUUAAGUGCAAGUAAUCCCUGAGAGGCGUUUGUUAAGACAUAUAAUCAUCGUCAAAGGCUCAUCAAGAAAUGUCGACCACUGUUAUAGUCCAGCAGCCAACAGCAGGCUCCGGUAAUCCGCUAAUGGUUACAGGGAUCCACGGUCACAGAGACUGGAGCACCGGAUUGUUUGACUGCUUUGACGACCUCAAGUCAUGUCUCCUUGGAUUCUUCUGUCUCCCCUGCACAGUAUGUACAGUUGCCUCCAGGACUGGGGAAUGCUGUUGUAUGCCUUACUGUGUUCAGGGAGGAACAGUCGUUUUAAGGAGUAGAAUCAGAACUAUCGGGGGCAUCGAGGGCUCAGGUUGCAUGGAUUGUAUGGUUUUGUCGAUCUUAGGGCCAUGCGCUGUGUGCCAGAUGCAGCGGGAACUUGACAAUAUGGGAGUCCCAAAAUGAAGGACGGUGUAUUAGGAUCCUAAAUGAGAGUCCAGUGUAUAUGAAGGACUUAUCUCCAAUCACAAAAUCUGCUUCAUUUUAUCUGUAUCUACAACUGCAGUAUUUUUUUCUGUUGUACAUUUUAAUAUCAAAUAUGGACUUUUCACUGUUGCUGUCUUUGCUUACAACACCAUAUUAACUGUUACUUCAAGAAAAAUAAAUAUUACAGAGAAA